AUGAAAUUUGGUAAGUACUUAGAGGCAAGACAGUUGGAACUACCUGAGUAUUCAAGUCAUUUUAUUGAUUACAAGGGAUUGAAAAAAUUGAUCAAACAUUUAGCAGUACCCCUAGCACAAGCACAACCAAAUCAGGAUCAACUGACGUUAGAUGAUGUUGAUGAAUCGGUAGUUUUUCAAAGGUUACAAGAGCAUAAGGCUUCAUUUUUCUUCAAGUUGGAAAGAGAACUGGAAAAAGUGAAUUUCUUCUAUUUGGAAAAAGAAUCAAAUCUCAAACUAAAAUUUGAUAUUUUACAAUCCAAAUACAAGACUUAUAAGAGUCGUGGGAAAUUAAGUUCCAAGGAAGCAGUCUCUUAUAAAAACAUUCACGGUGGAUUGAAGAAAUUUCAAAGAGAUUUAGCAAAUUUAGAAUUCUACAUCGAAUUGAACCGAACUGGAUUUUCAAAACUGUUGAAAAAAUGGGAUAAAAGGUCACAUUCACAUCAAAAGGAAUUUUAUUUAGCAACUGUUGUUUCUGUGCAACCUGUUUUCACUCACAAUGAAGUAUCUAGACUUAACGAUGCCACUUUAAGCGUAUUGAUGAAAUUAGAUGAUACGACAUAUGAAGAGAGUACGAGUUUUUAUUCUGAAGGUAGUGCCGCUAAUUCACAAUUAAAUUUAAUUGAAGCUAACGUAAUAUCAUCUAGAAUUCCAAAUAAUUUGGAUCCUCGUGAUGCAAUCACAACGGUUGGUCCGAAUGUUGUAUCUUCUCCACAGCUAGUUGAUAUUGAUGCAGAGAUUGAAAAUUGGUAUAUGGAAAUUGUUAAUAUUUCCAAGUUGAAAGAUACUCAGAGGAAACUAGACAUGUUAAAGGAAUUCCAUGUUAAUAAAAUCGAAAAAUUUUUAGAUGAGAUUAUUCCCAGUAGUCGUAUUGAUAAAAACUUGAUCUUUAAGGAUUGUUUUACCAAAUUAUUCAUUCUGUUGGUUAGUAGUUCUAUGGAUGAUAUUUCUUUACGCGUUUUCUUUACAAGAGCAAAGGCUCAUAUUGAUUUAUCAUACUGUGAUGAAGAUGAUCAAGUUUUCUCUAGACGUAACGUUUUCCAUGAAGCCGCCAACUGUCUGAAACAUUCACGUAUAUUUGUUUUUGGGGAGGCAUUUUUGAUGAUAACUCAAACGGCUCCCUGGGCAUUAACGCAGCAAACUUUAAGACGACUUUUAAAUGCAAAGGAUUUGCAUCAACGUACUCCCUUACACUAUGCUGCAGAAUUGGGUAAGUUUGAUUUAGUUAAGCUUUUGAUCGAUUCUAAAAUGCUAGAUACAGUGGAUAUCUUGGACGAUGAUUCAAAGACACCUCUAGUGUUAGCAAUUAUUGCUAAUCACAUUGAUGUGGUUGAGAAAUUACUGGUGGAUGGUAACGCAUCACCUUCUCCAAAAAUUGAUGAAGGUACAAAACCUCAAUUUACUCCAUUGAUAGUUGCAUGUCGUUAUAACAACUAUAUGGCAGCUAAACUGUUAUUAGAUAUAGGUGGUAUCGAUUUGAGUAAUAUGACAGAUCCAGAAGGGUUAGGUGUUCUACACAUUGUAGCCAAAGAAGGCGGUGAUGCACAGUUGAUUCAACUAUUGGUACAUUCUGGUGCAGAUCCCAAUGGUGUCGAUAGUUUUAACAAAUGGACUCCCAUAUUCUAUGCAGUCCAAGAAGGUCAUGCAGAAACAGUUCGUGAACUUCUAAACCAUGGAGCACGUAUCGAUAUUACAGAUGAAAGCAAUUUGGGCAUCACUUACUAUGCUAUUUGGGAAGGUCAUUUGGACGUUUUAAACGUUCUUUUACAAAGAGUUGAUGAACAGUAUGAGACGAAGGAGAAAAGAAUUGAAGUUCUUCAAUCAGACACACCAUACACCAAGCCCAUGAGUCCUAGUAAUUCAUUACAAGAUAUUCCUGAUUUUACACUACCACCGCCAAUUAUCCCAUUAAGAAAAUAUGGUCAUAACUUUUUGGAAAAGAAAAUUUUUGUUAAACUUAUGAUUAAAUCAGGUUCUACUGCCAUUGAUUUCAAUAAAGGUGAAGAGGCCAUACUUUCAUCUCCCGGUAGAAUCACCCUGACAUCAAAUUUACCAGAUAUUAUUCCUCGUAAUAUCAUUUUACCCCUUGUUGAAGAGGAUGAUGGUGAGGUUGUGUUCCAAGUGGAUAGUUUAGAAGAUUUUUGUAUCGAUUUCGAAGUCUUUCCGGCAUUCGGUACAAGAAUAAUUGCUAAGACUACGGCAAUGUCAUCUGUCUUUCAAAAUAGACUGGCUAAUGGAGCUGCUCAUGUAUCUUUGCCAUUAUUUGAUUCUAGGUUGAUCAAUGUGGGGACUUUGACUUUUGAUUAUCAAAUAAUUUUCCCCUAUAGUGGUAAACCAUUAGAGAUCACCAAAUAUGAUACUUAUUGGAAGUCAUCUGGUGGUGCUGAUGCUGAUGCUGGAAAGGAUGGUCAUCGUGUGGUCACAUCGUCCUCUUUAAGUGGCAGUUUUAUCAAUGUUACUGUUUGCACUUUAAACGAUGGUACUAUAAUCGCAGCACCUAAUGCAUUUUUCGAAGUUAAAUCAGCCAAAUUGUUCUUCAACGAUUUGACCAGGGAUCAAUUGGAAAAAAUGUGUGAUUAUCGAUUAGAUGAAAUGCCAUUGAUUAGUGAUCCCGGUGAUUUGAAACAAGUUUUAUCAUCACGUAUUGUACUACUUUCAGAAGUUCUUAACAAAGUUUCACCAUCCAUCCAAUUGGAAAUUCAGGUGUCCUUCCCAACAAAUCUUGAAAUUGAAGAUAUUCCAGUUAAAAUUAGCCCAUUUGUCGAUUUGGAUGGUAUCAUUGAUCACGUUCUACUGUUGGUCUUUGAACACGUUAGAUAUCUACGUCACUCAGGUCAGAACAUACGCUCCAUUGUUUUCAGUUCCUGCAAUUGGCAAGCUUGUGGUAUUUUAAAUUGGAAGCAACCUAACUUCCCAGUUUUAUUCCAUAUUAAAGGUUUAAAACGUUCCAAUGGUUUGUUCAUCAUGGAUACACCUCAUAAUCUAAGGGAUUUGGCAGUCGAUCCAGCCAAGGUUAAUUUUGCUCAGGAGAGAUCAAGGGGAAUUCAUCAAAUUGUAAGUUUUGCGGCAAACAAUAAUUUAUUGGGAAUAAUUGUACCUUAUGAUUUACUCAAGAUUUGUCGACUACUAAUUGGUGCUAUUCAGGGCCAAGGUUUAUUACUAGUUGGAUCCAUCGAGGAUGACCAACAAGGUGUGAUAGACGAUGAUGAAAUUAACGGUCUCCAUACAGAAUACGAGUUGCUCUUCAACAAAAGCAUAGAUAUGUAA